AUGGAGGAGGAUGCGAUCGAUCCGUUCAGUAGCGAGAGUCUCUGGCAACUGUCCAGGUUCACGUUACAGUCGCUGCAGCCGUUGGAGCCUCUCCCAUGGGCCAGCGAUUUGUCCGACCCUGUAGAAGGUCCCUUUCAGAACCCGCUCAAGCUGUUUGAAAAGGAUGAUUCUACGGCAUUCCCGUUGGAUUUGUUCGCGAACGAUGGGUUUGUGCUGAAUCCGCCCUCCGAAACCACCGACACGUCGAGCGAAGACCAGACAACCGAGGCGAGUGUGUGCGAUAGUGAUAGUCCAGACACAACGGAAGACCUUUGGUCCCUUGCCCAGAUCGGAGAGAUCUCUGGUUCGAACGUGACUUUAAGAUCAUGGGAGACCUGUCGAGACCCGUCCUUCCGGGAACCAAUCUCCGCAUAUUUCAGCGAGUCCGGAGCUCGUGGAUUCGAUGCUGCGUUGGCUCAUCAGGCUACAAAGAGUGGACUGGAGGAUUCUGGACGCCUGGUGCGGACAGAUGUAUUUCUUAGGGCUCUCUUCCAAGCCGGGCUGGGCUGGGAGUCGAUGUUUUUCCGGUACAACGGACAACAACGGACGUUCGAAAAGCAACUCAGGGAUAUCCGUAUUACGGGAGUCAGUUUACCACUGCUGGAUGGAGUGAUCCAACCGUUACUGCGGUGCGGGGGCCAUAUGCAUAGACUGCGGGACUUUGUGCGCCUCAACCCGAUCACACCGAAAAAGCCAUCCGUCAUGUCGACCCUUGCUAGUGCAAUAGCCGUGGUGCUUUACACGCUCGAAAGACAGCUCUCCAGCCGCUCUGCGCAGACCGUCUCCCUCCUGCAGAUUAUGGGGCUCUUCCAGCGCCCUGCCGAGCUUGUGGGUGCUCUGGCGGACAUGGUAGGAGCGGCCGACAAGUCACUACAAGAAGCACAUGUGAUCUCGAUCAUUCUGAAAAAGGUCGAUCAUUUCUCACAGGUUCUACCCUGGGCAGCCGCGCUGCUUUAUGAGCUGGUCGCAAGAGUCAUAGCACCGUGGCUGAGUAUCGUGGAAGCUUGGAUUGGGCUGUGUGAGGGAACGUCUGCCAUGGCAGAGGUGAUCACGGACAGAGCUAGCUUUGUCGAGGUGGAAGAACAGCAGGAUCUUGCAAAGUCGAAAGCGGUGCCUAAAAAUGCUGUCUACAACUUUCGACCGGACAUGAUACCGUCGUUUAUUCCCGCCGAACAGGCUCUGCAGAUGUUUGAGAGCGGGAGGAGCUUGCGUCUAUUGAAAUGGUCUCAUCCAGACCAUCCAAUUGCGAACCCUCGUGUGCUCAAGAAUGCUUUGCCUCCAAAACUGCACUGUGCGAUGACCUGGAUUGACAUCGAAAGAAUCCAGAGCCGAGCCCUUGACUACGAAAGAAAGCUACGCGCUGAAAUCCAGAGGUUCAACCGAGGCGACCCAGCUGCAGAUGGUGAAGAACUUGAACCUAUGGUUCAUGAUUCGUUCGAGGAACAGAAAAAAGCAAUCGUUCACAAUACGUUUGAGAUGUUUGAAAUUGAUGAUGAACAACAAAUAACUGACGCACUCGCGAGGCCCUCCUCCGUGGAAAAAGAUUCGCUCAGCAAACUGGUUGAUAGCGAAGAGGAAACAACUUCUCAGCAACUGGAGAGACAUAAUACCAGAUUUGGACCCGAGUUGCCCUCUGCACUGUAUCUAUCACUUGCUCCCGUUCUCUCCUCUCAAGCCCUUCUCAUCGAUUUCUCAUGCCUCCACCUCCUCUUCAAAGAACAUAAGCUGCGAAUCCACCUGACCGUCCAAUGGCGGUUCCACCUGUUAGGAGAUGGCUCAUUUGCAUCGCUUCUUUCGCAUUCGCUGUUUGAUCCCGAGAUGGAGAGCGGCGAGCGCAAGGCCGGAGUGGUACGCAGCAGUGUGCAUACGGGUUUGCGGCUGGGAAGUCGGGAUACAUGGCCUCCCGCUAGCUCUGAGCUCCGACUAGUUCUCAUUGGACUUUUAAACGAAUGUCACGCAGAGGGAACCGGCGACGUCGAAAUCUUAGACAGUAUGCAUUUGAAGAGAGAAAAACAGCUGCCCGGCGGUCUCAGCUUCGCGAUUCGCGAACUGACCGCCGAGGAGAUCAUCAAGGUCAAAAACCCCAACGCCAUUGAAGCUCUCGACUUCCUCCGCCUGCAAUACAAACCGCCUGAUGCCUUGGAUGCAGUGAUCACUCCGCGGUCCUUGAACAGAUACGACCGACUCUUCAAGCACCUCCUGCGCCUGCUGCGGAUGGUCUCCGUGGUCAAGGGUCUUGUCCGCGACUCGACGGCGCGAGGUUCCCUAUCCGGAACCACACGCAACCUAUUCCAGAAAUUCCGCAUCGAUGCACAGCACUUUGUGCUCGCUUUUAGCGACUAUUCCUUCCAUGUCGGCGUCGGCUCCAACUGGCAGCGGUUCCAGGACAUCCUCACCCGGAUCGAGGCGUGCCUCGACUGCGGCGACAUCGACGGCACCAUCGAGGCAGCGCAGUCUGUGCCCCGCCUGCGCGACUACCACGAAGAUGUACUCGACCAAAUCCUCUUUGCCUUGUUUCUUAGCCGGCGGCAUAUCCAGGCCGCGAAGCUGCUCGAGGAGAUCUUCGGCACUGUGCUGGCCUUUGCGCCGCUGUCGCGUCUCGAGGGAUCGAGUGGUAUCCGCCACGAAAAUGAGGCCAGUGCCGCGCAACUGUAUAUUCUAUUCCGGAAACAAGUUGCAGCCUUUGUGGGUUACCUGCGCACAUUGGACGGCGGCAAGGCUGCCUCCUCCAAGUCGUACGUUCGAUCGGGAUCGGCGUUCGCUGCGAGUGUGGCGCCGACGAGUAUCUUUGAGCAUUUGCUGGCUCGGCUAGAUGUGAAACAGUACUAUUAA